GUUAGGUUUAGACGCUAGUAGCACCGCGUACAAAAUUGUAAAUAUUUUCUGGCGGUUAAUAUAAUGUUUAGAUUAAUUCUUGAGUUUAAAAGAAUUAACUGUUCUGUAAAAAGUCGUUUAAUUUAAAUGCAUGAAAGAUAAUUUGAUAAAUGAAUUACUAAUCUGUAUUGAAUUAACAUUUUAAAUGACUAAGAAAAAAGCCGAUAGCAUAUUGUAUGAGCACUGCAGAAAGUUAGUUCAAUCCGUAACAAAAUUCGAGGAAGAUGAUGAAAAUUUCCAAAUAUGCCUGGAUUUUGCUUUGUCAAAUUUACUCUAUCACACAUAUCCCGAUGUUAAUAGUCAUGCAGUCAAUCGAUGGAUUUCAGGGAUGCAUGAUAGAUUUCUCAUGCGUUCUGAACUAGAGAAAGCCAAGAACUUUUCAUCACUGUCAAGAAAAUUGCUAGAUAAAAUUAAUGAAUGUAAUAUUUCAGAAAAGGAGAAAGUAUAUAGAAUACUAGCUCUGCUGUUCCAUCUUGCUGGAUUUGGGGAUGAAAAGCAGGAAGACCCAAAAACUGAAAUAUGUGACAAUGAUGCUGCGGAGAAGUUUGACUGGGUUGCUUACCUUCGUGAAGAUGAUGAGAGAUACAGUACAUUUUCAGAUAGUAAUUCUGAGUUGUUUUCGUCGGAUGAAAGCUCUCCUGAGGCAGACCGUGGAUCUGAAAAUGGCUCUGUUGACAGUUUACUUCACUCUCCUCUUCAUCCUCCCCCUAGAGAUGAUUCUGGGAUAGGAAUCAGCCCAGACAGUUGCUCUGGCACAUCCCAGCAUUUCCAUGGUCACAACCAAAACAUACAGGGAUUUCAGGAUGGAAAUUCCAGUGUUCUGAAAGUUGUUCAAAAUUCCUCUUCGUUUUAUCCAUACUGGGUGUCAAAAUACCAGAAAACUUAUUUUCCUUGUCGCUAUGAUUUACAAACUAUGAACUUCACCAAAAGAUGGGAGGAAUUCUCUACUGCUCAAAAUCUUUUUAAUAUCAUUGAAAGAAAAGUAAUCGUGCACGAACGGAAUAUCAUCAAAGAAAUACUGUGGAUGCUGAGUGGAGUGAAAGAUGUGUUUAUACUUCAAUGGAAUGGUUCUGAAUUUUUACCGAAUUCACAGAUUCAUUUGUGCGAAUUAACUUCUAAAUCCUUGGGCAAUAUUUUGAAGGAAUUUUGUGAAUAUGGAACCAAAAUUGCAGUUCUGAGAGAUUUUGUAAAUGAUGUUCAGUUAAGAAAUUCAGACGUUGGUAAAAACUGCCAUACCUUUCAGGCAUACACAGAAGCUGUAAAAGAACAAAUACAGUAUGUCACCAAUCAGAUAUCUGAUCUGGAUAAAAUUUUGAGGGAUAAGAAGAAAAUAUUUACUUUAUUGGUUUUAAGAAAGGAAAUUAAGCCCAUAUUAGAUGCAGUUGAUUUAAUAUAUCUUAUUCAUCAAGAAACAACUACAACAAUUUGUGCCACUGACGACUCAUUUGAAAAAAUGUGCAAAAUAUUGCAAGUAUUAUGGGAACUGCUAUGUCAUCAAAGUCUUCGAGAGCAAAUGUCUUCAGUGUUGCUCAAAAUAAUCUUGACUGUGUUCUUAAGGACAUGCACCCCGCUCUUUUCAUUUCUGGAAGAGUUAAUGUUCCUUGGAACUUUUAAAGAUUCAGCUGGUGAAUAUUUUCUUAUCAGGAAAAAUGAUGUUAUUGCAACAGAUGAAGAAUACUGGGAAAAGGCAUUUAUUUUAAGACCAUUACCACCCGAGAUUGAGAAAACAUUUUUUUUAAAACCUUUCCUAGAUGAUGUUAUCUGUGCUGGGAAAACUAUUGAAAUACUGAAUCAAAUAAAUUCUAUGCAGAAGAAAGAGCCUUUUAGACUUCAUUCUGAAAAAGGGGAUUUAUAUUUGAAAUUUGUGCACAUUUUACAAAAGUCGCUUUCCAAAGAAAAGAAUUUCAAGUUCAUAAAUGGAGAAAAUAAAAAAGAAACAGGUGAAAAAAUAUUUCUUAUGGAAGAUCCUUUGUUGAAGCAAAAGAUAUUUUCCUACAGUGGGGUGGCAGGAAAAUUUUUCAAGCCAGAUGUUAAUCCUGUUUACCGCCACGUGGCAAGAAAGGUGCCAGGAAAGUUGUUUUCUGAAAAACAGACUGAAAUUGAGCGAAUUAUUCACAAUUUAAAGCCCAAUAGCCAGAAAUCUCUGAGCUUAAACAUUUUGAAAGCCUUUGAUAUUUGCAUGCAAUUUGCAUAUUACCCUACAUGCCGUAGACUGGUGAAGACUUUGAAGGAUGACCAUAAUCUGAUGACUCAUAUGAAUAUUAUGCAGAAAUAUUUUUUGAUGGAGUCUGGAGAUCUGAUGUUCAGUUUCUAUUCAGAAGUCUUUGAAAAGAUAUUUUACCAUCUGCCAUGGCAAGACGUUUCAUUCUUAUACAGUGCCUUGCAAAAUGCUGUGGAAGAAGAUAAAGGAAAUUGUGAAAAGUUAUUUAUAUUUUUAGAUUCUCAAAAUGCUGACUUGAAUGCAACACAGCCACUGAGUUAUUUGAAUGCUCUUCAGUUGUCAUAUGAAGUGGAAUGGCCUGUUACAAUUAUGUUAGGUUCUCAUUUACAGAACCAGUACAAUGAGAUUUUUUCCUUUUUACUGCAAAUAAAGUGUGCAAAGUAUCUUCUAGAUAAACUGUAUUCAUCAAAAAUUUCCUUUGUAAAAGAGAGUGGGCCUGCAUUUAAGAAGAGGUAUGCAAAAGUAGACCUUCCCAGGCAGCAAAAAGUUCAUGGCAUGUACAUUAUUCGCAUGAGAUUAAUGUUUUUUGUGAAUGGACUGCACAACUACAUAAUGACAAGAAUACUGCACAGUUUUGGACUAGAAAUAAAAGAAAAAUUAGAAAAUUCUCAAACAGUUGAUGAUAUGAUUGUGGCUCAUAGUGAAUAUUUGAAGUCCUUGCAUAACAGAUGCCUCUUGGACCGUCGACUUACUCAUUUAAAACAACAAAUUUUUCAAGUUUUGAAUUUAUGUUAUACAUUUCAACAGCUUUGGCUAAGAGGAGUGGAUAAUAUAAGUUUAGAGAAACUUCAAGCUGUAGAGCGUGACUUUAGCAAAAUCAGUAAUUUCCUCAUUUGUUGUUGCAAUGUACAACGGAGAACAUAUCCUCAUUUGGAUAAUCUUAUGAGUACUAUGUUAUCUGAAACUCAUUCCUUACAAGUGUUCGAAUGUGAGACAACUAGUUCCAAGAAAAUGAAGAAUUGAAAGCUUAUUUGAACUUUAUUCAUAUUGAAUGAAAAGUAUAGUAAGAAAAUAAGUGGAUCUAUUUUCACUUGUGUGAUUAUUAAAUAAACAAUGGCUGUUAUAUAUUGCUACUAUAUUUUUUUCACUUGAACAGUUGUACAACUUAUAUUGAACUGUUGUUGUGGAAUUUAAUUGAACUUUUAAUUUUAUAAGAAUGCUACUACAGGUGAUUAAUUAAUUGGAAUAAUUUCUAAAACCCAGAAAAAUUUUAAAAAGUACAAAUCAAUCCUCUCCAAAAAUAUAAGAAAAUUCAUAUUUAAACUACUAACCUGUAAACAAUUAAUGUUAUCUCUACUAUUAAAUGAUGAAGAAUAUGUUUAUAUGUAUGUAUAUUCUUCAUACUGCAGAAAAACAGUGAUGCCUAGAGCUAUUAAAUUUUAAAUAUGCAGGGUGAUUAUAAUUAAAGUUGCGAUUUCAAAAUGCUCUAAGUUUAAAACUACAGGUCAGGAUGAUUUGAUAUUUUACCAGAACAAU